CGGCAGACAGUACCGUUGGCAAAGCUCAGAAAACAACACGCACCGUAUCUGACUGAACCAAAAUUAAUCCCAGGGCGUCUCAUUUCAAUAAAACAAACGAACCAAAAAAAAUAGCGAUUUUGGCAAACCCCCUUGGGCUCCCGCUCUUUGCCAUUUAAAUAUCGGGGAACCGUUUUUUGAUCUUCAUAAUAAACAGGAUUUUUUGGCUGCUGUCACCAUGGAUUCCGCCGUGGAAGUGGUGGCUUUUAUUCUGGGGUUCAUCGCGUGGAUAAUGCUGGGCGUUUGUAUCCCUUACGGCUACUGGAAGGUGUCCACCGUGGACGGCAGUGUCAUCACCACGUCCACGAUCUACGAGAAUCUGUGGAUGUCGUGCGCCUCGGACGCCACCGGCCUCCACAACUGCAGGGAGUUCCCGUCGCUGCUCGCCUUGUCCGGUUACUUGCAGGCGAGCCGCGCGUUGAUGAUCACGGCGCUGGUCGCCGGGACGCUGGGUAACGUGGCGGCCAUGGUGGGGCUGAAAUGCACCAAAGUGGGCGGGGACAACUACGUCUUCAAAGGAAGGGUCGCGGGAGUGGGCGGGGUCUGCUACCUUGUGGAAGGUCUGUGCGCAAUGGUCGCCAUCUCCUGGUACGCCUUUAACAUCACCAGGGAAUUUUUCGACCCUUUAUAUCCCGGAACAAAGUAUGAGAUCGGACCUGCACUCUAUAUCGGGUGGUGUGCUGGCACCAUGGCUCUGAUCGGGGGGUGCUGUCUGUGCUGCUCCUGCAAACAGGGAACUGCCGACAAGCAGUCUGCGUAUUACCUCGCUCCGAGAGGAACGAUCAUGUCUGCUACACAGCAUCCCGGACCGGGAAAUACCCCUCUGAGGCGGGAGGGACCAACUACGGGAGAAACGCCUACGUGUGAGACCCUGAGGAGAGCGGCCCCCUACCCCCCCCCCCCCCCCCAUCCUCCCCCGCCCCUCCCCAGCUCUGCGCUCAGUCACUGAGCUCUCCUCCAGCUCUGACCCCUCUCCUGCUGGCACGGCUCAGCCUGACCCAAUAACUCCAUGACUCUUACCUGUUGUGCACCUGCAUGUGUUAUCUCGAGGUCUCCAACCUGGUGAAACGCAUCUGAAGUGUUUUUUUUUUUUGUGUGGUUUUGUGUUACGCGAUUUGUUUUUAAGCAGUGCAGAAAUGAAAGAAUCAAGGAGCACGUUUUGUUUUGAAAUUGUUAUUUAAGAUUAAGGCCGUCUCUCUAGAAUAGAAUUUAAAUCACGGUGCUUAGCCUUAUAAAAGUUCCCCACAGUAAAAGCAUUGCACAGAGAAAGCAUGGUAAAGCAUAGGGAAGCAUUGUAAAGCACAGAGAGGUGUGGUAAAGCAUAGGGAAGCAUUGUAAAGCACAGAGAGGUCUGGUAAAGCAUAGGGAAGCAUUGUAAAGCACAGAGAGGUCUGGUAAAGCAUAGGGAAGCAUUGUAAAGCACAGAGAGGUGUGGUAAAGCAUAGGGAAGCAUUGUAAAGCACAGAGAGGUCUGGUAAAGCAUAGGGAAGCAUUGUAAAGCACAGAGAGGUCUGGUAAAGCAUAGGAAGCAUUGUAAAGCACAGAGAGGUGUGUAAAGCAUAGGGAAGCAUUGUAAAGCACAGAGAGGUCUGGUAAAGCAUAGGGAAGCAUUGUAAAGCACAGAGAGGUCUGGUAAAGCAUAGGGAAGCAUUGUAAAGCACAGAGAGGUCUGGUAAAGCAUAGGGAAGCAUUGUAAAGCACAGAGAGGUCUGGUAAAGCAUAGGGAAGCAUUGUAAAGUACAGAGAGGUGUGGUAAAGCACAGGGAAGCAUUGUAAAGCACAGAGAGGUGUGGUAAAGCAUAGGGAAGCAUUGUAAAGCACAGAGAGGUGUGGUAAAGCAUAGGGGAGCAUUGUAUAUAUUGUUAAAAUUGCUAGAAAGGUAACAUUGAAAAAGAGAGGAGAAAGA